AUGUCAGCUAUCAGGCAGAAAAUGUUGCGAGUUCGAAACCCUGCCGACCUCGAUCAACUUUUGGCGAAACCGACUUGGUCUGUGGAGUCACUUCUCCCUUCAAAGUCGGCUGCCUCAGAGUCUCCGAAAAUCUCCACACAACAGCUACAUCAUCUCCUUCGUUUGUCAGCGCUACCGGCCCCAGAAAAUGCGGAAGCCGAACAGAAAAUGCUCGAUACACUGUCAGCCCAGCUACACUUCGUCGGGGAAAUACAGCAGGUAGACACAUCGGGGGUUACGCCGCUGCGAGCAAUAAGGGAUGAGACUGCUGCGGCGGAGGUGGAACAGACCAUUACCCUGGAUACGUUGAAGGAUGCUCUUGCGAAAGAACAAGUUGUCGGCAAGCACUAUAAGCGGAUACAGAGGAAGAUUGAUCAUGUCGACGCCAAGGAUGUCGAAGACUGGGACGUUUUGGGGUCGGCGGAGCGGAAGGCGGGCAGAUUUUUCGUUGUUGAAAGCGAGAUGCCGCAGGAAUGA